AUGGCUAUAUUCAACCAGGUAUUCUUCUGGAGCCUCCAAAUCCAACUACUGCUUCAAAUCAUCAUCAACAGAGUUUCCCUACUCAUGGUGUCCAAACGACAAGCAUCUCGCCUGAAGUGGAGCGUGUUCGCCAUUAUCCUCGCCAUCAACAUCAGUGUCUUCUGCAUCUGGGUCCCUGCGCGUUUACAGAUCAACGAAACAUAUAUUCACGUCAAUGAAGUUUGGGAUCGGCUCGAGAAAGGCAUAUUUUGCGUAAUCGACGCUGGACUCAACUUGCAUUUCGUACACCUGGUCCGGUCACGGCUGGUCGCUUAUGGCUUGACCAAAUACACGAGGCUAUAUAAGACUAACCUCGUGAUGAUUGCCAUCUCCGUAUCGCUAGAUAUUGCCCUCAUUGGAACAAUGUCGCUUCACAAUUCUUUCGUGUAUCUCCUCUUCCACCCCGUGGCCUACCUCCUCAAGCUACACAUCGAAAUGAACAUGGCGGACCUCAUCGCCAAGGUUGUCAAGGCCACGAAUCCUGGGCAGGACCCGUACAAGUCCAAAUCAAAGUCGGACAAUCACACCAGCACAGUACAUAAAUCGCAUAAGAUGUCGCGAAUCCUGAACACUGGUCGCGAUCAUCACAGCACUAGGGUCGAAGCUGGUGGCGAUGCUGGUAAUGAUAUCAUAGAGCUGCAGGAACAGGGCAUUCGGAGGGUCAUCAAGACGGAGGUAAUCCGCGAGGACUUCAAGAUGCCCAUAGAAACCGUGAGUGCGAGGGAUGAUGACAUCGAGAGCCGAUCAAGCUCUACACGGAAGCUGCGUGACUACGACGAGUUUUAG